ACGGUCCCCACUACAACUACAGCCCCCACAACAACAACAACUCACACUACAAACAGAGACUCAACAACAAUUGCAAGCCAAGCUAUAACUACAACUGCAGCCCCAACUAAAACCGAAGCCCAGACAACAACUUCAGUCCGAACUACAAUUACAGUCGCCACUACAACUACAGCCCAAAAAACAACCACAAAUCCCACCACAACCACUAAGUCAACUACAACUGCAAGCCCAACUACAACUACAGCCCCCAGUAGGACCACAAGCCUAACUACAACUGAAGGCCUGACAUCAAACGUAGCCCAAACUAAAACAAUUGCCCCAACCACAACCACAGUCACUAUUGCAGCUACAGUGCCAACUACGACUGAUUCCCGAACUACAACCACAGCUGCUACUACAAUCACAGACUCAACUACAACUGUACCCUUGACUACAACCACAGCCCCAAAAACGACAGAAGAGGAAACUCCAACUGCAGCCCCAACUACAACCUCAGCCACAAAAACAACAGCAGCAGAAACUACAACUGCAGCCCAAACUACAACCAAAGUCCCAACAACAACUUUAGCCCCGACAACAACAAAAGCCCCAACUACAACAGCAGCCCCAAGUACAACGCCAAUCAAAACAACGACAGCCCCAAAAACAACCACAAAUCCCCCUACAACCACAGCUUCAACUAGAGAUUCAAGCCCAAAUACGAGCACAAUACCAACGACAACAGAAGGCCCAACAACAACGGUUGCGCCAACUACAAUCACAGUCCCUAGUGCAACUGCAGCGCCAACUACAACUGGUGCCCUAACUACAACCACAGGUCCCACUACAAUCACAGCCUCAACUACAACUGCAGCACUGACUAAAACCACAACCCAAACUAUAACCGCAGCUCCAAAAACAAUUGCAGCAGAAACUACAACUGAGGCAUCAACUACAACCGAAGCCCCAACUGCAACCGCAGUCCGAACUACAAUAAAAGCCCCAACAACACCAGCCUCAACUACAGCAACAGAUCCCCCUACAACUACAGCCCCAACAACAACAACAACUCCCACUAUAACCACAGCCUCAACUACGACUGCAGCCCAAACUACAACCACAGUCCCCACUAUUUCUACAACCCCAAGUACAACUGAUGCCCCAAAUACAACCGCAGCCCCCACUUCAACCACAGCCCCAAAUACAACUGCAGCCCAAACUGCAACGACAUCCCCGAUUACAAUUGCAGCCCAGACAACAACUGCAGCCUUGACUGCAACUGCAGCACCAACAACAACAAUAGUUCAAACAACAACUGCUAUUAAGGCUACAUCAAGAGCCCCAACAACAACAGUAGCCCAAACUACAACCACAGUCCCCAUUAAAACUAAAGCCCGAACUACAACAAAAGCUCCCACUACAACAAGAGCCCCCACUACAACGACAGCCCUAACUGCACCAACAAUAACUGCACCUAAAACUACAACUGAAAGCCCAACUACACCAGCCCCAACUACAACUUCAGACCUAUCCACAACUGCAGCACCAACAACAAAUGCAGAUCAAACAACAACUGCAGCUCCAACUACAAUUGCAGUGCCCACUACUACUGCAGCCCCAAAUACCACUGAAGCAGCCACUACUACAGCAGCACACACUACUACUGCAGAACAUACAAUUAAUGCAGCCCAAACAACAACUGCAGCACUGACAACAACUGCAGCCCCAACUACAACAUCAGCUCCAACAACAACUACAACACCUACUACAACUAAAGCACUGACAACAACCACAGUCCCAACUGCAGCUACAGCACUAACUACAACUACAAGCCCAAAACCUCCAACCCCAGCUACAAUUGCAGCACCAUCUACAACUGUCUCCCCAACAACAACUGCAGCCCUAUCAACAACUCCAGCACCAAAAACAACCGCUCUUCUAACUACAACUACAGCGCCAACUACAACUGCAGACCCGAUGACAACUGAAACUCCAACUACAACUGUAACCCAAACUACAACUGCAGCUGUGUUGACAACUAAAACCCCAACUACAACUGCAUUCCUGACUACAACUGCACCUGAGACUACAACUGCAGCCCAGACUACAACAACUGCCCCAACUACAACCGCAACCCUAGCUAUAACCGCAGGCCCAUCUACAACUGCAGCUCCUACAACAACCAGAACUCAUACUACAAUGACAGCUUCAACUACAACUGCAACCCUGACUGCAACAACAGCUCCCACUACAACCACAGCCCUAACUACAACUGCAGCCCCGAUUACAAGUGCAACCUCAACUACAACUGCAGCCCAGACUACAACCACAGCUCUCACUAGAAGACCUGCCCCAACUACAGCCAUAGCUCCAUCUACAACUGCAGCUCCUACAACAACCAGAGCUCAUACUACAACAACAGCUUCAACUACAUCUGCAGCCCUGACUACAACAACAGCUCCGAGUACAAACACAGCCCCAAUUACAACUUCAUCCCCAACUGCAACCACAGCCCCAAGGACACCAGCAACCCCGAUUACAACUGCAACCCCAAUUACAACUGUAGAUGUGACUACAGCUAAAACACCAACUACAACAGCAACCCAAAAUACAACUGCAGGGCUACUUACAACCGCAGGCCCAUCUACAACUGCAGCCCCAAGUACAACUGCAACAUCAACAACAACUGCAGCUGCGACUACGAGUAAACCCUAUACUACGACUGCAGCCUCAACUACAACCAUAUCCCCCAUUACAACCGCAAACCAAACUACAACUGCAGCUGUGACGACAACUAAAACCCCAACUACAACUGCAUUCCUGACUACAACUGCAGCUGCGACUACAACUGCAGCCUCUAUUACAAGUGCAACCUCAACUACAACUGCAGCCCAGACUACAACCACAGCUCUCACUACAAAACCUGCCCCAAAUUCAACCAUAGCUCCAUCUACAACUGCAGGUCCUACAACAACCAGAGCUCAUACUACAACCUCAGCCUCAACUACAACUGCAGCCCUGACUACAACAACAGCUCCCAUAUCAAACACAGCCCCAACUACAACCGCAGCCCCCACUUCAACCACAGCCCCAACUACAACUGCAGCCCUAACUGCAGCAACAUCUCCAAUUACAAUUGCAGCCCCGAUGACAACUUCAACUCUGACGACAACCGCAACCAAAACUACAACCAUAGCCCUCACUACAAGAUCUGCCCCAACGACAACUGCAGCCCCAACUACAACUGCAGCUCCAUCUACAACUGCAGCUCCUACAACAACCAGAGCUCAUACUACAACCUCAGCCUCAACUACAACUGCAGCCCUGACUACAACAACAGCUCCCAUAACAAACACAGCCCCAACUGCAACCACACAACCAACUAAAACUGCAGCCCUGAAUAUAACCGCAACCCCAACUACAACUGUAGCUGUGACUACAAAUAAAACCCCAACUACAACAGCUGCCCCAAGUACAACUGCAGCCACAAGUACAACCAUAGCCCCAUCUACAACUGCAGCUCCUACAACAACCAGAGCUCGUACUACAAUCACAGCCUCAACUACAACUGCGGCCCUGACUACAUCAACAGCUCCGACUACAUCCACAGCCCCCCUUACAACGGCAACCCCAACAACAACUGCAGCUGGGACUACAACUAAACCCUAUACUACAAAUGCAACCUUAACUACAACCAUAGCCCCCACUACAACCGCAACCCCACCUACAAAUGCAGCCCUAACUACAACUGCUGCCCCGACUAUAACUGCAACUCCAACUACAACCGCAACCCAAACUACAACUGCAGCUGUGACUACAACUAAAAUCCAAACUACAACUUCAGCCCUGACUACACCUGAAGCUGUGACUACAACUGCAGCCCAGACUACAACACUUGCCCCAAUUACAAGGACAGCCUCUGUUCCAACUACAACUACAGCACCAACAAAAAAGGCUGUACCCGCUACAGCUGCAGCCCAGAGUACAACGACUGCUACAGCACCGACGGCAACAACGGCAGUGCCUUCUACAACUAAAGCACCAACAACAACGGCAGCUCUACCUACAACAGCACCAAAAACAACUGCAUUGCCAACUACAACUACAACUCCAGCUACAACUACAGACCCAACUACACCUACAACACCAACUACAACUGCAGCACCUACUACAACAGCAGCCCCAACUACAACUGCAGCCCUAUCGACAACUGGAGCCCCAACUACAACUACAGCUCCAACUACACCUAUAGCAUCAGCACCUUUUACAAUGGCAGCACCCACUACUACUGCAGCCCCCACUUCAACUUAUUCUCCAACUACAACUGCAAUUCCAAUGACAGCCACAACACGUACUACAACGGCAGAACCCACUACAACUGCAUCUGCAACUACUACUGAGGCCCAAACUACAACUACAGCACCCACUACAACUGUAGCACUUACUACAACAUACAACUACAGCCCCAAAUACAACCAAGGCUCCCGCUACAACCACAGCCCCCACUACAACUGCAGCCCAGACUACAGUAACAGCACCAACAACAAUUAUAGCACCAACAACAACUGCAGCCGUGAUGACAACGGAAGCCCCAACUACAACUGCAACCCCAACUACAAAAGCAGCCCAAACUACUACUACAGUCCCGACUAUUUCUACAGCCCCGAGUACAACUUAUGCCCCAACUACAAUCGCAGCAUCCACUACAACCACAGCCCCAACUACAACUGUAGCCCUGACUGCAACUGCAGCCCCAACAACAACAGCAGCCCCAACUACAAUGACAGCCUCAGCUACGACUGCAGCCCGAAGUACGACUACAGCCGUGACUACAACAGAUGCCCCAACAACAGCACCAACGACAGCAGCCCCAACUACAACUGCAAUACCAACUACGGCAGUGACAACUGGAUUCCCUACUACAACUGCAGAACCAACUACAACCUCAAUCCCCAGUACAACUACAGCCCCAAAUACAACCAAGGCUCCCGCUACAACCACAGCCCCCACUACAACUGCAGCCCAGACUACAGUAACAGCACCAACAACAAUUAUAGCACCAACAACAACUGCAGCCGUGAUGACAACGGAAGCCCCAACUACAACUGCAACCCCAACUACAAAAGCAGCCCAAACUACUACUACAGUCCCGACUAUUUCUACAGCCCCGAGUACAACUUAUGCCCCAACUACAAUCGCAGCAUCCACUACAACCACAGCCCCAACUACAACUGUAGCCCUGACUGCAACUGCAGCCCCAACAACAACAGCAGCCCCAACUACAAUGACAGCCUCAGCUACGACUGCAGCCCGAAGUACGACUACAGCCGUGACUACAACAGAUGCCCCAACAACAGCACCAACGACAGCAGCCCCAACUAUAACCACAGUACCCACUACGUCUACAGCCCAAAGUACAACUGCAUCCCCAACUACAACCACAGCUCCCACGACAACCACAGCCCAAACUACAAGUGCAACCGCGCCUACAACUAA